AUGUCCGCUGAAAGAGAGGUAGCCGAGGCGGCCACGGUGGAGGCGGCAGCCGAGGCAGGGGCGGGGGAAGACGCCUCUUCGCAGCUACCAAAAGCCGAGGCAGAGAACGACCCUCAGCCGCCGGCGGCCCAGGAGGGGGUGGUUGCCGCGUCGCCGCAGCCUUUGCGCUGUCUGGUGCUCACCGGCUUCGGUGGCUAUGACAAGGUGAAGCUGCAGACCCGGCCGGCUGCUCCUCCAGCUCCUGGGCCAGGUCAGCUGACGCUGCGCGUCCGGGCCUGCGGGCUCAACUUCGCCGACCUCAUGGCCAGGCAGGGGCUGUACGACCGGCUGCCACCGCUGCCUGUCACUCCGGGAAUGGAGGGCGCGGGCGUUGUAAUCGCCGUGGGCGAAGGAGUCAGCGAUCGCAAGCCAGGGGACCGGGUGAUGGUGUUGAACCAGUCAGGGAUGUGGCAGGAGGAGGUGACCGUGCCCACGACCCACACCUUUGUGAUGCCUGAGGCCAUGACCUUUGAGGAAGCAGCUGCCUUGCUGGUCAAUUAUAUCACAGCCUACUUGGUCCUCUUUGAUUUUGGCAACCUGCGGCCUGGCCACAGCGUCUUGGUACACAUGGCUGCAGGGGGUGUAGGUAUGGCAGCUGUGCAGCUGUGCCGCACGGUGGAGAAUGUGACAGUGUUCGGAACAGCCUCAGCCAACAAGCACGAGACACUGAAGGAGAAUGGGGUCACACACCCCAUUGACUACCAUACAACUGACUACAUGGAUGAAAUUAAGAAGAUCUCCCCUAAAGGAGUGGACAUUGUCAUGGACCCUCUAGGUGGGUCAGAUACUGCCAAGGCCUACAACCUCCUUAAACCCAUGGGCAAAGUCAUCACCUAUGGAAUGGCCAACCUGCUGACUGGCCCCAAGCGGAACCUGAUGGCCCUGGCCCGCACGUGGUGGAAUCAAUUCAGCAUAACAGCUCUGCAGCUGCUGCAGGCCAACCGAGCUGUAUGCGGCUUCCACCUGGGCUACCUGGAAGGUGAGGUGGAGCUGGUCAGUGGUGUGGUGGCUCGCCUCCUGGCUCUGUACAACCAGGGCCACAUCAAACCUCACAUUGACUCAGUGUGGCCCUUUGAGAAGGUGGCUGAGGCCAUGAAGCAGAUGCAGGAGAAGAAGAAUGUGGGCAAAGUCCUCCUGGUUCCUGGCCCAGAGAAGGAGAAUUAGGGCAAGAGGCUGUGGGACCCUAGAGACCUGGGAAGGGGAAAGUUGGGAAGCCACGUCCUGUUGACCACCAGACUUUGCAUUUCAUCCUCCAUAGUAAUGCUGUGCCCUCCCUCCUCCGCAGGUCUCUGUGCUAUGGCCACUCCCUUGCCCUGUUUUCUCUUUUUGGCCAGGGCUGCCCCCACCCCCUUCCUGCCCUCUGAAGAGGUUGGGAAGUGACCACUUGGAUGUCUGGGCCCUGCCAAGGGGACAGGGAGGGUCAGAGGGAGGCUGGCUGCUUCCUGCCCCCUGCCCCCACCCUUUCCCCUUGGGCCUGCUGUGCUGCUUUUGUGCCAAGGUCAGCCAGUCCUUCCCCGCAUCCCCAUUUUCUAUGUGUUUUCACCGUUUUCUGUGUGUUUCCACUGCUGCCUCACCUUUCCUCCUGCCCCUGCCCCACCACCUCCCCAAAGAAUAGGAUUGUCAGCUCAGGAUAUGGGGCCAAUACUGUGCCAGUCCAGCAUAUAUGUCUCUCCCUAGUGUCCCUUCACUCUGGGCCAACCAUGCCCACCUCUGGGCCUGACCAGCCCCCAACCAUGUCCUCUGUCCCCAACUUCUUAAGCACAAUUGGGCUUCUUACACCCCUAGGUUUUCUGCCAUUCAUAACCAAGGCUGCCUCUUACAACAAGGGCGGGAAUCAGCCCUGCUCCCCUAGGUCACGACUCUGGGAGAGAUACAGAGCCCCCCACCCUUCACUGAGUUCUCUGGAUUUGUUCUCAGUGCCUUCACAACGAAAACCUAUGCUAGUGUAUUUGGCGGGGGUUGGGGGGCUAUUGCCCACCUCUUUCUCCACCUCUGUACUCCCCAGUGCCUUCCUAGUUCUGGUGGAGCUGGGGCUUCAGUCCUCCCCAGUCCCACAACACUGCCAAAAAUCUGUGUGUGUGUGCCAGUAGCUGGGGCAGAGCUAGGUGCCCUCCUUAUGGCCUGUGCCAUGUCCUGCCUCUAUGGGGGUCUAGGUGGGGAAGCUUCCUCAGCCUUGCAGAUAAAGUGUGACAUUUACUAGCUAGAGCUCCCAGAGGCAAUGCUGUUUCUUGUUCUGGGACCAAAGUAAAAAUCCAAGCACAUUCCCCUUGUAGUCAAGGGAGGCCUGACUGCUUUCUCAGAGCAGGGGGGCAGUGUUUUAAACUCAGCCUCAAACUUUGUUUACAUGGGUGGGAGGUGGAGCAGGGGGGUGCAGAGGGGGUUGGUCAGGACCUGGGCCACUGGGACCAAAAUGGGGACAUCUGGGGCAGAGGGUCACUCCCUCUGCUAGCUGAGCUGGGAUUAGGGAGGGUUACUGCCCCAGCCAUUGCAAUGGGAGGUGGGGGGAGCAGGCUCAGACUCUUCAUUGUCUAAAUGAGGCCUGUGAAGUACUAUUUUUGCUUUUGUGUAUCCCACCCCAUUGCCGAAGCUGCCUUUUGUGUUUGUGUCAAUAAAAAAGCCAACCCUGA